AUGCAUACCCAUUACAAUUUAUGAAGACAUGUGUACAUAACCACAAGUAUCAUCUUCACAUACAUCUCUCUCUCUCUCUCCCCCCCUCUCUCUCUCUCUCUCUCUUUUGUGAAAAUGAGCAUGCUACUAUUUUUAACAAGAACAAGAACAAGUGGAGGUAACUUCGUCAAGAGAAUCAUAUGUAGCAACCCAAUAUUAAGCCCUUAUCAACCAACCUCUUCUUCUUCUUCACUCCCAUCUCAUCUAAGUGGUUCGAAUAAGCGAAGCAACGGAACGACUUUCGCAUUUCGAUAUUCGUAUUCAUGCAGCUCAACAUAUGCAACUUUUUUGGGGGCUCGCGGUUACAGCUCCAUGAAAGCUGGGGAACAGAUGUUAUCUGAAGAAGAUGUUGAUGAUGGUGAAUAUGCUUUGGAAGAAAAUAAGGCUAUGGAUUUUCCAGGUGGCAAGAUUACGUAUACAACUGAGAUCAACUUUCUUCCUGCUUCGUCUGAUAAGAGGGUGCAAUGUUAUCAAGUACUUGAUAAGGAUGGUUACCCGAUCUCAUUUAACAUGUCGGAAUUAGUGAGUAAGGAAGUUGCACUGAAAAUGUAUAAAGGCAUGGUUACCCUUAAUAUUAUGGAUAAAUUCUUUUAUGAGGCACAAAGGCAAGGAAGAUUAUCAUUCUAUUUAACCUCAUUUGGCGAGGAAGCUAUCAACUUAGCAUCUGCUGCAGCACUUAGCUCCGACGAUAUAGUAUUGGCUCAGUAUAGAGAGCCGGGAAUUUUGUUAUGGCGUGGUUUCACGGUGCAAGACUUUGCAAACCAAUGCUUCGGAAACAAUUCUGGCCAUGGAAAAGGCAGGCAAAUGCCAAUUCAUUACGGUUCAAAGAGCCUCAAUUUUAUUACAAUCUCAUCACCCUUAACAACACAACUUCCACAAGCAGUUGGUAUGGCGUAUUCACUAAAAAUGGAUAAAAAAGAUUCAUGUGUAGUGGCUUUUUUUGGAGAUGGUAGUGCAAGUGAGGGUGAUUUUCACGCUGCUUUGAAUUUUGCUGCGGUAAUGGAUGCCCCUGUUGUAUUCGUAUGUCGUAACAAUGGAUGGGCGAUUAGUACUCCUGUCACCGAUCAGUUUCGAAGUGAUGGGAUUGUUAUAAAAGGCCAAGCGUACGGGAUUUCAAGUAUAAGGGUAGAUGGAAACGAUGCUCUCGCGGUUUACAAUGUUGUCCGUAGUGCUCGUGAGAUAGCCGUCAGCGAACAACGACCAAUACUUAUCGAGGCCAUGACAUAUAGAGUAAGUCACCACUCUACUUCUGAUGAUUCCACUAAGUACCGAUCUGUGGAUGAAAUUGAACACUGGAAGACAGUGCAUUCCCCUAUAACAAGAUUCAAAAAAUGGGUCGAGAGAAAAGGUUGGUGGAGCGAUAAAGAAGAAUCCGAGCUUCAUGUUACAGCAAAGAAAGAGGUUACACAUGCGAUAGAUGAAGGUGAAAAGGAAGAAAUGCCACCACUUAGAGAUAUGUUCACAGAUGUAUAUGAUGAAUUGACUUCAAAUUUAAUGGAGCAGGAAACAUUGCUUAGAGAAACAAUACAAAAGCAUCCACUUGACUUCCCUAAGGACAUACCACUAUGAAAUCUUUUGAGGUUACUAAAUUUGCAAUAUGUUGGCUAUAUGUUUCUAUUUAUUAUAAAUUGUAUAUCACAUAUACAAAAUGCUUUACUUAAUUCCCUUUUUUAUUUCUUUGAAA